CAAGAGUGACACGGUGGAUGAUUCUCGAACAAUAAGACACUGCCCCACCCGAGUAACUUGAGCUUUGUCACGGAUACCUUCACUCGUUAGCUCUAGACCAAGGAAUUUCUAGGGCAUGUCUUCAAUCUCACCGGCAACUGUCGGGCAGCGGAGGACAUUGUAACUGCGGGAACCAUUUCGACGACAGAAACAAGACAACUGGAAGAAAGUCGAUCUCAUACGAAGCCCUUAUUCGGAAGGGUACUACAUAUACCCAUUGAGCGGAAGUAAACGAUCGAGCAGAAGGUCCCAAAGCCGACGACAGGCGAGGAGUUCCGGUCGGGGAGUAAGGAUGUCCGACAAGAAAUACUACACCAGGGAGGACGACGAGUUCUAUACCCCGACACGGGUGCAGCUUGCUGGGUACGGACGCCAUAUGUACGACAACCCGAAUUUCGUGUACGACACAAGCCAGAAGCAGCGUCCAUAUCAUGUGGCUUCCAGUUCCGACUCCAGCAAUGGAACUAGCCGAUUAUCAAAACGCCAAAAGAGCCACUACUUCCUCGCUGGAGUCAUAUUGUUUGUUGUUUUAUUGGUUGUGGCAGCCAUCGGAGUGGGCGUAUAUUUUUCAAUGAACCAAUCUACGCAAGGCAAUCUCGAUACAAGUCCGUCCAGACUAGAGACCCAUUCAGGCAAUCAACCACCGGAUGCAAAGCUGACCGUUCGAGCCGGAGAUAAAACCUGGGAAAAUGAGAUGGCAGACACCCAAAGCAUCCGGUUCAAGGAGGUAGCCAAGGAGUUUGAAAAGGAGCUUGAUUCUGUCUUCCUUGCCAGUCCUGUGAAAGAUGUGUACAACUUCAGCAUGGUGUCAGGUCUCAGUUCUGGUAGUGUGAUAGCCCAGGUUGAAGUUUUCUUCAUUACGGAGACUGUGGAAACGACUGUGUCACAGAAACAGCAGGUAGCCAACUAUAAGGCCAACCCACAGACAUUCCAGGUGGUGGUGAAAGAGGCCUUUGCAGAGAGGGCCAAAGAGAGAGCCAGAAAUAAUAUCAAUACAGGUCCAACAUUUGACAGCUCAAAUGUAGAAACAGUUGUUGUGACCACAACUACAACCACCACAACGACCACCACACCAACAACAACCCCACAAGCAAUGACAACUCAAGCAGCAACAACUCAAGCAGCAACAACUCAAGCAGCAACAACACAAGCAGCAACAACUCAAGCAGCAACAACUCAAGCAGCAACAACUCAAGCGGCAACUACACAAGCAGCAACUACACAAGCAGCAACUACACAAGCAGCAACAACUCAAGCAGCAACAACUCAAGCAGCAACAACACAAGCAGCAACAACUCAAGCAGCAACAACUCAAGCAGCAACUACACAAGCAGCAACUACACAAACAGCAACAACUCAAGCAGCAACAACUCAAGCAGCAACAACUCAAGCAGCAACAACUCAAGCAGCAACUACACAAGCAGCAACAACUCAAGCAGCAACAACACAAGCAGCAACAACUCAAGCAGCAACAACUCAAGCAGCAACUACACAAGCAGCAACAACUCAAGCAGCAACAACUCAAGCAGCAACAACUCAAGCAGCAACAACUCAAGCAGCAACUACACAAGCAGCAACUACACAAGCAGCAACAGAAGCAGCUACAACUCAAGCAGCAACAACUCAAGCAGCAACUACACAAGCAGCAACACAAGCAGCUACUACACAAGCAACAACACAAGCAGCUACUACACAAGCAGCAACACAAGCAGCAACAACUCAAGCAGCAACAACUCAAGCAGCAACAACUCAAGCAGCUACUACACAAGCAGCUACUACACAAGCAGCAACACAAGCAGCUACUACACAAGCAGCUACUACACAAGCAGCAACACAAGCAGCAACAGAAGCAGCUACUACACAAGCAGCUACUACACAAGCAGCUACUACACAAGCAGCAACACAAGCAGCAACACAAGCAGCUACUACACAAGCAGCAACACAAGCAGCUACUACACAAGCAGCAACAGAAGCAGCUACUACACAAGCAGCAACACAAGCAGCUACUACACAAGCAGCAACAGAAGCAGCUACUACACAAGCCACCACAACAGUCCAGACAGCAUCAACAACCAGCAACCAGCCAGAUGUAGUAACAACAACUACAAUAGCAGCUCCAACCACAACUCCACCUCCAGAGCCGGAAGUUGGUGAGUAA